AUGGCCAACACUGCAGUUACGACGCCAUACAUCCUGCAUUACAUCUUUCUCCACCUCCCACAGCAAGAUCUUCUCCUCAUUCAAAGAGUCUGCCGCACAUGGCACGAGGUUAUAUCCUCAAGCAAAGUCCUUCAAGCCGCACUCUUCCUAUAUCCCGAGCCAGCGAAAAGCGUACAUUCUGAUGGAUCUUUUGAGCUAAAUCCACUGCUGAAAUCUCGGUUCUCAUUGUUCUUCGAUAUCGACAGCGGUGAGCAUGGCCUUGACCCUUGGUUUGAUUCGAAUUGGGUCAAGCAUAUGAAUCUUGGGCCUGGCAGGGAGCCCGGGCUUAACAAGUAUCCGAAACUGGAUCCCCGUCGCAGGGCGGCGUAUGAUUACCCCAAAGCGAGUUGGAGGCGGAUGAUUCCAUGCAUGCCGCCAGCCAUAGAACUUCAAGUCAGCUUUGAAUGUCUAAGAAUUGAAGGACCGAAGCUUGACAUGUUAAGAAGUUUAAGGUUCAGCAAUGAAAUACAGCCCGACAAAGGACCGUCUGCUCUCCAAGAGAGUGCAGAUAGCGAGUUGCAACAACCUUGGUUAGCGUUUGGCCGCUUGUAUGAUAUUGUCGAGGCUGCCUGGUUCCAGUGCACACCAGGUACACGGAGUGCCGUGCGGUUUGAUUAUAGCUUCCGGGAGGCCCCCCUUGAUGUAGGGAAGUUAGGUUCAAUCCCUGGAGAUUCGCCUCAAUCUAGGCAGGAAGAGAUGAAGACCAUGUCGCGGUAUAGUAGGCGUGAGAGACUACGAUAUCUAUUUCCAGCGAAAAAAAUUGGGGGACCUGGCAGGAUUUUUGUGAUUAUUGUGGUUGUUUUGUUUCUUCGCUUCCCAGAUAGCUACAGCGUCUGA